GCUUUUCGCCUCGUCAUAGCAACCGCCAAAAGCUCCAUCAACACUGCGCUUCGUGAUUUUUCUUUCGCCGCAGAAACGGGCCUGUUUCGUACAAAUAUCGUCGCUUUCCUUCAUUUAUUGUCAUUCUUCCAUUGCUUCUCCCUACCACCAGCGAUAUGUCGUGCCCUCAUCUCGAGUCUGUCGAGCUCAAGCCGCCGACUCCCGUUCAGUCUGUGUAUAAGGAAGAUUGCACACAAUGCUUUGACUCUAUUGACAACCCCGGAGGCCUCGAUGUUUGCCUCCAAUGCUUCAAUGGUGGCUGCACUGCCGAACGACAGCACUCGUUGCUUCACAACGCCGUCUGGAGCCACCCGCUUGCUCUCAACAUCCGCCGCACCCGAAAGACGAUCGAUCGCGAUGAGCCUCCGGCUAAGAUCACGAAGCUUGCCAUUGCCGCCGAGACGGAAGAAGACCGAUACGACACGGCGCUGGCUGUCAAAUGCAUCGAAUGCCAACAAGAGCUGGAUAUCGAAAAUGCCAAGAUCUCACCCAUCGUGGAUGGCAUCCUGAAAGCACAUACCUUUUCUCGAAAGGAGGAAGUAAAAGCGUGGGAGCAAGAGCUCACGUCAUGCGAGCAUAUCUUGACCAUGCAGCAGCACCCGUCUCGCAAGAUCGAGCAAGGCGACCUUGGCCACUGCUCAGGCUGUGACCUGAGGGAAAACCUUUGGCUUUGCCUUGAAUGUGGCAACUUGGGUUGUGGCCGAAAACAGAUGGGUGGCGUUGACGGCAAUUCUCACGCUCUGGGUCACGCCACUGAGUCUGGGCACGGCGUAGCUGUCAAGCUGGGAUCGAUCACACCGGAAGGCACCGCCGAUAUUUAUUGUUAUAGAUGCGACGAAGAGCGAAUCGACGAGCAGCUCGGCGAGCACUUGGCCCAUUGGGGAAUCAUUCUUGCCGAGCGACAAAAGACAGAAAAGAGCUUGACCGAGAUGCAGAUUGAACAGAAUCUCAAAUGGGACUUUAGCAUGACUACGGAAGAUGGCCACGAGCUGAAGCCUGUUUUUGGACCCGGUCUCACUGGAUUGAAGAAUCUCGGUAACAGCUGCUACCUAGCCAGCAUUAUCCAGUGCCUAUUUGAUAUGCCAUCGUUCCAAGAACGCUACUAUGGCGCAAAUAAGGAUCUGCCGAUAGUCCAGGAAUCCGCAGCCGACCUUGAGACGCAGCUGAGAAAGAUUGCUGAUGGUUUGUUAUCUGGACGAUAUUCGGAGCCGGACAGCUCUGUGGCAUCGGGGUCAGAAGUUGCCUACCAGAAAGGUUUAGCGCCAGCAAUGUUCAAGCAUUUGAUAGGAAGAGGGCACGAAGAGUUCUCUACGAUGAGGCAGCAAGAUGCCUUUGAAUUGUUUCAGCAUCUUUUCAAACUCAUUAGCCGGUCACCACACGAUGGCCAAAAAGACCCUACCUCUGAAUUCCGAUUUGUCCUAGAGCAGCGGCUCCAGUGUCUUGGAUGCCACAAAGUCAGGUACAGCUCCAACGAACAGGACAACAUUUUCCUCGACGUGCCCUUGUUGAAGCUUGAUGCUGGAAGUGAAGGUGCCGAGACGGCUAAUGCCUACAAGCCAGUCACUCUGAAGGAAUGCUUGGACAAUUUCACCGCGCCCGAGAAGGUUGAAUUGACUUGCUCAUCAUGCGACAGCAAAGCGGGCUUCACCAAGCAAUCCCUCUUCAAGACUUUCCCCAACGUUUUGGCCGUAAAUGCACGAAAGAUGGCUGUGGUGAACUGGGUUCCCAUCAAGAUUGAUGUCCCCGUUAUUGUCCCAGACGAGCCAUUCUUGUUAGAUGGCUACCUCUCCAAAGGACUUCAGCCUUCAGAAGAACUCCUGCCAGAGGAGCCCGAAAACCAAGCUCCUGCAUUUGUACCAGAUGCGGCUGCGGUUGCACAGCUCGAGGCCAUGGGCUUUCCACGAAACCGCGCCGAAAAAGCACUGCAUGCGACAGGUAACUCGGAUGCCAAUGCCGCCAUGGAGUGGCUGUUUGCGCAUCUCGAUGAUGCCGACAUUGAUGCGCCUCUUGACUUGGGCGCUGGAUCGGGAGACGUAGGCACCGCCGACCCUGAAAAGAUUGAGAUGCUGGGGGCUAUGGGUUUCGGUGCCCCUCAGGCCAAGAAGGCGCUGAAAGAAACGGGCGGCGAUGUCGAGCGAGCUGUUGAAUGGUUGUUCAGCCACCCCGACGACCAAGGCAUCAUGGAAGACGAGAGUUCUGGCGAGGCGGCUGAACAGUCUCAAAAAGAGCCUGCUGGAAGCGCAGUACUGCCAGCACAGUUUCAACUGCAAUCCAUCGUGUGCCACAAGGGCACGAGUAUCCACGCAGGUCACUAUGUCGCUUUUAUUCGAAAGUCUGUGGAGGGCAAAGAUACGCCCACGUGGGUGCUUUUCAAUGAUGAAAAGGUCGUAGAGGCUCAUGAUGUUGAAGAAAUGCGCAAGUUUGCAUACGUGUACUUUUUCAAGAGAGCGUAAGAGGAGAAUGAAGCUCCCCUGGGGAGUAGAUUGUGCAUGGGAGAGACGGCGUUUAGUGCGCUGCCGGGACAUAGCAGUGCUUGAUGAAUUGUUUCUUCAGAGGAGUCAUGAAUGAGAGGGAAAUACAACUCAAUAGAUGAAGUAUCACACAAAGAGAGCCGGAUACCAAUAAGAGAAUAUUCAUCAAUAUAUAACCCGUAGCUUCAGUCGCACAUCUAAAUGUGUCGAGAGAUUCGUGAAGCUUUAUGAUGCACCGAUAUAUUCCAUUCCAGUUCAACGCCGUAGGAAACCCAGUGUCGCGUCUAAAAGACAACCCACCUGACAUGCAAGGCCUCAUAUUCGUAAUAUUACAAAUCCUUUUACCUUUUUACCCCUUCGCCUUUCUAUCCAGUUAUACUCCA